UUUGUUUAUUUGUGCCUUUCAUUGUGAUGUGAGCGUCAUCAUAAAAUCCUUUCUAAUAGUAGUUGCGUGUGCUGUUGGUAAAGGUGGUUAUUUUUUGAAACUUGCAUUGUAAGCAAUAUUAUAGAAUGCUGGCAAGGGGGCUAGACAGAUGUUAAAAGUUAAAUUUCGUACGACAAUCGGUGGCGGUGCUUUACGAAACAGUUACAGGUGAUUCAUGUUCAUGAGUACAAAAAAUAAUGAACAAAAUGGCCGCCAGCCGCCAUUACCAAAUCAUCCGCCGCCACCUUCGGAUCCGCGGACCGGCAACGUGUCUGACCAAGAGAUACCAAUCUGUCGAAAAUAUGUUUGGGGUACCUGUGCUAAGGGCACGACGUGCAGAUUUCGCCAUGAGUUAGAUCUCGAAGAAAUGAAAAAUAUUCUUAAAUUCUGUCAUGACUUCCAAAAUAAACAAGGAUGUACUAGACCCGAUUGUACAUAUCUGCAUGCGUCGAGAGAGGAGGAAAAUUUGUUCCUAACCACUGGUCAACUGCCUCGUGUAUUGGCCGAGCGUUAUGCAGCUAUGUCAGAAGCCAACAACAGCAUGCCGAAUUUUGAGGGUGUACCCCAGAUGAUGGUGUACGUCACGCAACCGCCGCCGCCACCGCCGCCGCCUACGCCGGUGUUGGCCGCGGCUGCAGCGCCUCCUCCGCUGCCACCUCAGCCGAUGCCAGCAUUCCCGCCAAUACAGCAACCGCCUCCACCCCCACCACCACCACCACCACCACCACCAACAGUACCACCUACUACGGUCGUGCAAACGCCGCCGGUAUUUUCUGGUCCACUUCCACCAAACACACCUGUGAUAUUUCCCAUGAAUCAGCCUCCCCAGACACUGCUAUCCAUAUUUGAUGCUAGUAGACCCCCACCACAACUGCCUGCUCAAGCAAAAAUUGGUGCAGUGAAAAGAAGAUUGGACUGUGAAGGUCCACCUCUACCAAACACACCUGUGAUAUUUCCCAUGAAUCAGCCUCCCCAGACACUGCUACCCAUAUUUGAUGCUAGUAGACCCCCACCACAACUGCCUGCUCAAGCAAAAAAUGGUGCAGUGAAAAGAAGAUUGGACUGUGAAGCUGGUCCCAGCAAAAUAAGGAAACCUGACGUGCACAAAGUUGGCGAGAGUCCCUGCGAAAACUGUAUCCAGCGGGAAUUAAGGAUUGAUAGCUACAAGCAGGAGUUGGAUAAGAUGCUUUUCGAGUUGAAGUACCAAAGUCUAUUGUAUAAGAAAAAAUUGAAGGAGUAUGAAAAUGGAAAGGACAUCCUUAGAGCACUAGUCACCCCAGAGUUAUUCAGAAUACUGGACGAAUAUAUUGAGGGAGGACCGCCGCAAGUACAAGACAUCUUGGCUCAGUUUAGCCAGAACCCAUUUGUGUCGGCGCUGUCACCUUCUCUCCUUUUGGACGACACUUUUUCAUUGUCUUCAAUUUCAAGAAUCGCCAAUCCUCUUAAUCAUAAUUCAUCAGAUCUACUGCACACUCUCCUCGAUGCAUUGCGCAGCUCUGAUAGAGAACCUCGAUCUAGCGACGUUUUAAAUAACGACACCAGGACUAACAAUUCCAACGCGGUAAAUAUAGCAGUAAAUGGGUUUAGUCGUUUUACCAAUGGACAGAAGGCUGGAAGUUCCUCAACCAUAUCCACGGGGAACUCGAGUCGAUACAUGACUUCAAUGAACUCUCCUAGUCGGUCGUGCCCCAGUGCUCCUGGUCCAAGUGGUUUAAUGACAAGCGGCAGCCAGAGCUUGGCGCCGGCCCCGCCGCCGCCAGCCGUAGUGCCCACGCCGGCACCUGCUCCCACUCCCGCGCCUGCUCCUGCGUCUGUCUUUCCGGCGACCCGCCCGUUCUACACUUCUACCUUUCCUGCUCCAGCUCCGCCAAGCUCACCAAUGCCGAGCAUGCGGUACAAUCCUCCGCAAAGAGUCGGCGCACCUGGGGCCCCUCCAAUGGGAGCGCGGCCUACUCCGUCCUCCAUUGGGCCUCCAAUGCCGCCUAAUUAUAACAAUUUCAUGAUGGGGAGGUACCCACAUCCACCACAUUUUUAUCCUCCAUAUCAAUAACAUUUAAGAGGUAUGUUAUGAUUCAAGUAGUAUAAGAAGGAAUCAUUUGACGAAGCUGCAGCGGCGAAUUAAUACAAAAUGUUGUUUACUACGUAGUUCUGUCACACAAGCUAUAUUCGAGCGUAGGCAUAGUGCGAAUGGCAUGUGUGAUGUUACCCAAGGUGGACCAAUAGCUUAAAGAUGAAAUUUUAAUUGUUAAGACUAAUUGAUGAGGCUGACCUAGUUCGAUUUCAGAAGACUGUUUGAUAUCACAUAAAAUUGAUUUAUAUAAUUGAGAGUUCCUAAUAUUCUUAAGACUGAAUCGUGAUAUAUUUAGAUAGGGUUUUUACCUACCUCGGACUUUUAAAAAUAUAUAAGACUGAUCCUAUAUUUUUACAUCAAAUUAAGUGUAGGCUCUAUACUUUUAUAAAGAACAAUGUUACUUUUACAUAUUUAUAUAUAAUGUUACUAUUUGCUUUUUACAUGACAAGUCAAAAUAAGCCCGUGAUCCUUCCAUCAUGGAAAACUUUUAUGUGUUAACAAGUGUUUUGUCAUAGUCACAUGAAAAAGAUUAGAGAAGAUAGAAUAGAAUAACUUUAUUCCCAAAACAGUGAAGGUUACAAAAGCACAAAAUAGAUAGAUAAAAUAGAUAGUACAAAAUAUGAUUUAUUUUUUAUAAAAUUUACAUUAGUUUCAAUGUUAAUAUAAAUAACGGUCAAUUUUUUUUUAUUUGUACUUAAUUAAUCGUGAACGUCACGACCGCCUAUGUAGUAUCACAUAUCUUAAUAAAAUAUAUGCAGAAAGAUUGUACGCGUGUUCUCAAAGCUUUUAAGUACAAAUCUUCGUAAUAUUAGCUCAUCUUUGCUCAAAAUGCGUACAAUCUUUCUGCUUAUAUUUUAUUAAGAUAUGUGAUACUACAUUCCUAUGUAUUGUGAAGUGUAUUGUGUGAAUCAUUUAACAGAAGUGCCAUAACUUUAGAGAUGAGUUUACUAGGACUUAGAUUUUAAUUAAGCUCUAAUCUACGGUCUCAAUUGCGCCGUAAGGUUAGUUCUACAAUUAUUCCAGUAUUUUUAUAACUUUAUACUUGAGAAAGAUAUACGACACAAAUAUACAGCAAAUCAUAAUAAGUGAUUUAGUACCCUCAACUUAUUUUUUAAAGUAUAUAACAUUGGUCGAAUGUUAAUACUUAGUCAAAAUGGUCUCAACAAAUAUAUUACCUCACUAGUGUUACGUUGUAUUACAAAUAAAAUAGUUUAGUACCAAAAAUAAUUUAAUUAUUAGUAAUGGCAAGUAUUGAACUAAUAUUUGUCAUAAUCAGAAUUAUGAAUUAUGUGAUAUUAGCUGUGUAGCGAAUUUAUAAAUGUUAUAUAUUUUAAUUCGGGGGCGAAAGUACGUUGGCACCUAAACUGUUCAACCAACUUUGGGCCGAUUAGUCUUUAUAGCAUUCGGUCAGAUAGCGUCGAUUCGUAGAAUUAAGGUUUCGAAAUGUGUUUUUCCUAAAUAUGUUGUUCAUACACAAUUUUGCUAUUACAUUGAUUUAUAAUUUAAAUUAAUUUAUCAGUUUAUUGAAAAACCGCCCUUAUGCUUCUGUUAGACAAUCUGGGACUACUAAUGUGCAUGACCGUGUAGUGGGCAUACUCCGCUGUCCUCGCCGUGUGUCUACACUCAGCGGGAUCCCCUGUCUGGGAGACAUAAGAGUGAUGCAGAGAAUUAGAUCUGAAUUUGUUCUACUGAAUUAUCCUGAAAACAGAAUUUGUUCCGUUAAAAAAACGGAAAUACAAAGUUUUCUAACCGACCUCCAGCCAGCGGGAUAUUUCCCAAAGUUAAGUCUGAUGAAGUAUAAAUUGGUAUUAACUUUUAGAUCUGUAUUUAUUCUGUUCAACAAAACCAAAAAACUACUUCUGACGUCCUUACUUCAGCUACAAUCAAGCUGCAAUGAAACCUCCAGUCAGCGGACUUUUUCUCUCAAUGACAUUCUUUUGUAACUUUUACACUAAGAUAAUAAAAAUUAACCUAUUUACGACUAUAAUUUCACUUAAAUUACCUAUUCGUACAUCUAGUGCUUAAAUUAAGAAGUAUAGAAUUUGAAAGAUAUUAUGUGGGUAGAAUAUAAAAAAAAACUAUGUAUCAGGUACAAAUUGAAGCUGUGAGAGAAAAAGUCCGCUGACUGGAGGUUUCAUUGCAGCUUGAUUAUAGCUGAAGUAAGGACGUCAGAAGUAGUUUUUUUGUUUUGUUGAACAGAAUAAAUACAGAUCUAAAAGUUAAUACCAAUUUAUACUUCAUCAGACUUAAAUUUGGGAAAUAUCCCGCUAGCUGGAGGUCGGUUAGAAAACUUUGUAUUUCCGUUUUUUUAACGGAACAAAUUCUGUUUUCAGGAUAAUUCAGUAGAACAAAUUCAGAUCUAAUUCUCUGCAUCACUCUUAUGUCUCCCAGACAGGGGAUCCCGCUGAGUGUAGACACACGUCCUCGCCGACCAUCGUUGUAUGAUCGCUUGCGAACUGUUGUAUUGCGCUCGCUGGUAAUAAAUAGCCUGUAAUUGCUGAAGUGUUCAGUGACACUUUUUUGUCUGCGACCAAAUAGUUAAAUGCCACUUGCGGCAAAUCUACAAUAAGUCACGUCAGAAAAAAAUCUUCUCAAUGAUAUUAGGAUAAAAUUGGUAAUUAUCACAUUAAAUCUGAACAGCAAGUAUAUUAUUUUUGGGGAACGUAGCCUGGAUAGUCCCUCAUUGGUAGACGCACUGCUGUCGCCUAAAAAAGCAAGACAUAAGGCAGAUAAUUAUUUUCUUUGAAACAAAUGUUCCCAAAUUUCUAAGCAUCAAAAAUUUUAUUAGCUUACAAUGUCCUCAAUAUGUAAUGAAGUGUUAACUAUUUAAAAUGUAACUGUUAAUUGUAUCUAUGAUAAAAAUAAAUAAAUAAAGAGAAUAUGUAAUGAGCCUAACACGGAUUUAUCUUCGGAUGUAUAGUUACCUCAGAUACUUAUGUAAAUUAAACCGUAUGAAACUUUAGGGCGUACAUAAUCAAUAUUUAUGUUACUGUCAAUAUCUUUGUUUGCUGUUGUUUUUUUGUGAAGAAUCAUAAAAUGUAUUCACACUUAACGGUGGCACAAUAUUUAAAUAAUAUUUAUCAUUUACGCAUUUUUUUUGUGGUAGGAUACCGAUGUAUGCCUCUUAUUUUUACAUGGACAUGCACUCCAAAGUGUUAUUUUCAAAUAAUAUUUUGCUUUUUUUGUUAUAUAGUAUAUAAUAUCCGUCCUUUUCCUACGUGUUGACAUCUGUGGAGGUUCGUGUUGCUCUAUGGUUGAAAUUUAUGUUAGGUACCAGUGACUAGACGCCAUCUGCCGAGAUCAAUUGACCCGAGGAUGAAAAGAUAAAAACUAAAUAAACAUAUUUUAAAGAAAUGUUCAUAAUCAUAUCAUUAUCAUCAUAUCAUCUACCUUAGAAUGACGUGAUUCAAUUCUUCUCGGCUCCCCACCUUUACAAUGAAUAUUCUGGUGCUUUUAGUAAAAACUAAACAUUCCAUGGUGCUACUUAUAGAAUAUACAAUUCAAGCGAUUUGUUUCCAGUCUUUUAAUGUUUUGUACCAAGUACAAAUUUGACUCUUAGUAUUGUUUUGUGAUAUUUUUGAAUUUAAGAAUGUUGUUUGUUUGUUCUCUGCUGUGCUGUUACUUUUUGUCUAGGUAGUGUAAAGGAAACAUGCAAAGGUAUAGGUAAAUUUAUUUUGCUUUUAAGUGCUGUUGUGUAUUAAACAAAGAUAGCUUAAAUGUAAAUUAGCAUUGUUUCGUCAGCAAGUGCCACACUUGGAAAUCAUUCUUUAUAUACUCUUCAUAUUAUCUUAUUUGAUUAGUACUUUACCAACUGAUAUGGGGCAACGGCGUACCCAGACUGAAAGAUAAUUGUAGAAAUAUGACUUUAAUAUUCAUCUGUUGCUUUCAUUGGGAAUUUAAUUAAUUAAUGAAUCCUAAAACAGCAUAUCUCAAUUCCAUUGGAGAAAAAAAUAAUAUGAAUGAACACUUAAAAAUCCCAAUAAUUCAUAAUUUUGUCAAAAAAUAAAACCUAUCCAUACGCAGAAAACGAAAGAGGGUGUAAACUACAGUUUCAUUUACUACUAUGGCGUCAAUUGUCUAUGACCAAUAUUUUAGCUUUUAUUGGAUUCUAAAUAUCUAGAUUUCAAAUUCAUUUAUUUUGAUAUAAAAAUAAAUAUAUCGAGGUUGAAAAAUAAACGUAAGUGUAUUAGUAGGGUCUAGUAAUGCCGAAUAUAGUUUAGUAAUGGAGAAUAGUGCCAAUUCCUGCCUCCUAAUUUAGUUAUGUUGUUUUUUUUAUCUGCCGAAAAGGAAAGAGACACCCGUCCCUUUCCUAAUCGAUAGACUAAAAAUGUAUAGAAAGCUUUAAUUUUAGGCAGAAAUCUUAUAACAUGUUACACUCAGGAAGUUAGCGUAAAACCCGACAAAAUUAACAGCUGUCAAUCAUCCGCCUCUUUCUUUUUCGGCAGAUAAGAUAAUGGCAAGUAUAACUUAAAAUUAAAUAACGAGGUGUCUGCAGGAAUCAGCACCAUUGAGGGUAACAAAUACCAACGUAGCUCAUAGUGCUGCAAUUAACUUUGUCUGGGUACGGGUCCACGAUUGUACUCUCAUUUAUAUUUUUGUCAAAUAGUACCAAAGAAAUCGAUUCUAAUUAUGCAUGUUCUCUUUACCUAAGUUGUUUGUAAUUAAUUGAUAAUUGGUGAGUUUAUAAAGCCCGUGCGUUGUGUUAAGCGUGGUAGCGCAUGAGCUCAAAAGUACAACACAAGCUGUAGCAGGGUGUUAUGUAACAGCUACAGCAACGUGUGGCGUGGCAAAGUCCCAUUCUACUUGACGCUUUAGCGCUCACGCUCAAACUGGUCCCCCAGGCCCGCUUAACACAGCACACAGCUUUGAAGCUUUGCGUAUAUUUUAAGUGCAUUUGAGAAAACGCUAAUAAUCUGUUUUCCACACUUCAAAGCCAUGACUAUUAUCUUGCGAUCAGUUCUUUAACGUGUAUUCAAUUCAUUAAUAAAAGAAUCUCAAUAUUUUGUCUCGCACUAUAGCGUUGACACGAUCUUUAAUAGGGGUGUGCGGAAUAGAUUAAAUAAAACAUAAGGUUAAAAGAAUCAUCUUGUGGACAAUAAAUGGAAAUUAUUUUGA